AUGGUAGGGAAACUUCCAGGGGAGCUUGGAUCUUUAUCAAAGCUCGUGGACUCUAUGUAUUCAACAACAAUCUACAGGAGAAGUGCCUAUUCCUUGGCAAUGUCAUCUCUUGAGAUACUUUCAGCAAGCAUAAAUCAAUUUGAAGGAAGAAUUCCAGCAACACUUGGUCGGUUGAAAAGGAUCAAGGUUAUGGAGUUUGGAGGAAAUAAGCUAUCAGGUACUAUUCCUCCCUCAAUCAACAAUAUAACUUCGCUUGAGGGAAUCGAUUUUGAGGUGAACCAACUUAAAGGGAGUCUUCCCUUAGACUUAGGCUUCACUUUCCUAGCCUUGAGGUGGCAAUCUUGUAACUUGGAGGUUUUAGAGCUAGGAGGAACCGAUUCACGCGGCCAUAUUCCCAGCAAUAUUGGGAAUCUUCAGAAGCUACAGAUUUUGCAGGUCCAUGGGAACAGUGGAUUAUCUUCAUACCAUGGCCAAACACCAAUGGUUCAUUGCGAUCUCAAGCCAAGCAAUGUUCUUCUUGACGAUGAGUUGACAGCACAUGUAGGUGACUGGAUUGAGUACAGCAUGGGAAGUGAGGUUUCAACUCAAGGUGAUGUGUACAGUUAUGGAAUACUCUUAUUGGAGAUGUUUACAGGGAAGAGGCCGACCGAUGAGAUGUUUAAUGGUGACAUGAAUCUUCAUGAUUUUGUUAAGACAGCUAUCCUCGAACGAGUCAUUGAAAUAGUGGAUCCAGUUCUUCUUCAGGAAAUAGAAGAAGGACAGACAAGCUUGAAAGUCACAGUGUUCGGGAGUGGCUUGAUUUCGAUAUUUGGAAUUGGAGUCACUUGCUCUUCAGGUCGCCGAGUGGAAGGACGAACAUGGAUGAUGUUACGCUCAACUGCAUUCUAUCAAGAACAGACUUCUACAAACUCCAGACUGGGUCGAGGCUACUGUAACUAUAUGAGUAAUUUUCUUGCGUUUUAUAAUUAA